AUGCAACCUAAAGAAGUAGAAUCUGAAAAUAGCGAGAGUAUUCCUCUAUCUAAUGGGAUGUCAAGUGGCUCUUCAAUAUUUGAUGAUAAAAAAGAGCACAACAAAUGGCAAUCCUUUAAAGAUUCAUUCAAAAGGUAUGAAGGAUACGAAGAAGAAGAAGAAGCAGACUUAGAAAAGUUGGACGAUGUUCAAAAAGGUAACAUAAGAACCGCUAGAUCGCCUUUAAAAAGAAAAUUGAAAUCGAGACAUUUGCAAAUGAUUGCUAUAGGGUCUUCGAUAGGAACAGGGCUUUUCAUAGGGUCAGGAUCUGCAUUAAACACAGGUGGUCCUUUGGGUAUUUUGAUUGCUUGGGCCUUGACAGGUUCAGCUAUCUUCUGUACCAUUCAAGCCAUGGGUGAAUUAGCUGUGACCUUUCCAAUUUCAGGUUCAUUUAACGUUUAUGCGAGUAGGUUCAUUGAUCCAUCCGUUGGAUUUGCAGUUGCAUGGAACUAUUUUUUCCAAUUUUUGGUUUUGUUACCGUUAGAAUUGGUUGCUGGUUCUAUCACAAUGACAUAUUGGACUACAUCUAUCAACCCUGAUAUAUGGGUACUUAUAUUUUAUCUCGUUGUCAUUUCUAUUAAUUUCUUUGGUGUGAAAGCCUAUGGUGAGGCUGAAUUUGUCUUUUCUUCGAUUAAGGUUCUUGCAGUCGUUGGAUUUAUUAUAGUGUCUAUUGUUAUCGCAGCUGGAGGUGCUCCAAAUGGUCAUUAUGUAGGAGCUAAAUACUGGCAUGAUCCAGGUUUGUUUGCCAAUGGAUUUAAGGGUGUAAGUUCAGUAUUUGUUACUUCUGCAUUUUCUUUCGGAGGUACUGAGUUAGUCGGUUUAACCGCUGCUGAGACAGAUAAUCCAAGGGUUACAAUACCAAGGGCAACAAAGCAAGUGUUCUGGAGAAUAUUGAUGUUUUAUAUGAUAUCUUUAACUUUGAUUUGUUUCUUAGUGCCUUAUAAUUCCGAAAGAUUGUUAGGUGCCAGUUCAGUUGAUGUAACUGCUUCUCCAUUUGUCAUUGCUAUCAAUAAUGGAGGAAUUGGUGGCUUACCAUCUGUUAUGAAUGCCGUUAUUUUGAUUUCCGUUAUUUCAGUUGGUUCCUCCUCAGUAUAUGCAACAUCAAGAACAUUGACUGCUUUAGCUGAACAAGGAUUGGCCCCAAAAAUUUGUGGAUACAUUGACAGAGCAGGUAGACCAUUAGUUGCGAUUAUAAUUACAAAUAUAUUUGGCUUAUUGAGUUUUAUUGCAGCAAGUGGCAAACAAGAAGACGUUUUCAACUGGUUACUACUGAUUAGUGGUUUAAGUUCCAUUUUCACUUGGUGGUCCAUUUGUGUAGCCCACAUAAGAUUUAGAAGGGCUUUAUACGUCAAGGGAAGAUCAAGUGACGAAUUGAGCUUCAAGUCCCAAACUGGUGUUAUUGGAUCGAUUUAUGGGGCCACCUUAAAUACAUUAGUCUUGAUUGCAGAAUUUUGGGUUUCUUUAUUCCCAUUAGGGGAAUCCCCCAGCGCUGAAGGGUUCUUUCAAAACUAUUUGGGCUUUGUUGUGUUAGUUACAUUUUACUUAGGCCAUAAAGUAUGGAAGAAUAAUUGGAUUCUUUGCAUUAGGGCCAAGAACAUUGAUGUUGAUAUUGGAAGAAGAGAAACAGAUUUAGAAGCAUUAAAAGAAGAAUUAGAGGAGGAAAGAGCAAUAUUACGUACCAAACCAUUGUAUUAUAGAGUUUAUCGUUUCUGGUGCUAG